ACAACAAAUACUCGCCUAAGGCAUGUAUAAAAAGCAUAAAGGGCUUUAAAUUACAAGCCUGCAUGCGUGAAGCAUGUGUGAGAGGUGGUCCACAGCUCAAACGACUCAAAGUUGAAGCGAAUAUUCAUGGUCCUGUCUUUCAUUCAACAUAUAGCUGUUGCUUAACCCUAAACAAAAUUUACGUCAUGUUUUUUUUUAAUUUCACCAGAAAGACAAGAGGCAAAAAUACGAUUCAGCGAGUUUAACACGGAUAUGAAUAAUCUUUAUGAAACAGAAGGGAACGUAUUCAUCUGAGCACAGCAAAGCUCAGAGUGAGUAAUUCCCUUUCACAUGAUCGAGGCUUACGUGGAAACCCAUGUUGUGCGCUGGUUCAGAAGGUGAAAUCCUAUGCCUUACUUUACAGUAGGCGCUACAGUGCUAUUGUGCGGGACGUCAGUCCGACUGACACACUUGUUUUGCGCAACAAAAGUCACCUGGGAGUCGCAGCAUUUCAAAUUCAAGGAGAAGGGCUUCACACGAGCUUGGUGCAGCCAUGGUAGACAUGCAGAUGCCAAUUUGGCCGGUGAGCUUUGGGCUUAAUCCUAUGGAUUUGGCAGAAUUGGAUGAGCACUCCCACCAAUUUGACCUCAAGCCCUACACAACCGUGGAUUAUGCCAGCAUUUCCAGCCCACCAUAUGAUGGAAGUCCCCCCCAGAGGAUUGAACUGACAACUCUGGACUGCAAAUAUGACUGCAAAGUGCAGGACUACCAAAACACAAUAAAGCUUGAACCCCCAUCUCCACCGCAAUACUCAGAGAAGGGAUUUCUCUACCCCAAACUGCUCGAUGAUCCCACCGGCUCCACGUUGUCAAUUGAGUGCAGGGUAUGUGGCGACAAGGCCUCAGGUUUCCAUUACGGUGUCCAUGCCUGUGAAGGAUGCAAGGGUUUCUUCCGCCGAACAAUCCGCUUGAAGUUGGUUUAUGACAGGUGUGAUCUGCACUGUCGCAUUCACAAGAAGAGUCGCAACAAGUGUCAGUACUGCAGGUUCCAGAAAUGUCUCAUGGUCGGCAUGUCACAUAAUGCUAUUCGAUUUGGUCGAAUGCCUCAAGCUGAGAAAGAGAAGCUGUUAGCGGAGAUCUCCAGUGAUAUUGAGCAGAUGAAUCCAGAGUGUGCAGACCUCAGGGCUUUGGCCAAGCACUUGUACGACUCAUACCUCAAGUCCUUCUCUCUAACUAAAGCUAAGGCGAGAGCCAUACUGACUGGAAAGACUGGAGAGAAAGCCCCUUUUGUCAUCUAUGAUAUGAACUCACUGAUGACUGGUCAACAGUUUGUCAGUUACAAGCAAAAUUCAGUCCCAGGUCAGGGGCAAGAACAAAACAAGGAAGUGGAGAUCCAACUAUUCCAGCGCUGUCAGUUUCGUUCUGUAGAGGCAGUCAGAGAAAUCACAGAGUUUGCCAAAAGCAUUCCGGGUUUCAUCGGCUUGGACCUCAAUGACCAGGUGACUCUGCUGAAGUACGGCGUGCACGAGGUCAUCUUCAGCACGUUGGCCUCACUGAUGAAUAAGGAUGGGGUCCUCAUCUCUGACGGUCAGGGUUUCAUGACUCGUGAGUUCCUCAAGAGCCUACGCAAGCCAUUCUGUGAGCUCAUGGAGCCCAAGUUUGAAUUUUCUGUCAAGUUCAACUCCUUGGAGCUGGAUGACAGUGACCUGGCUGUCUUUAUAGCCGUGAUUAUUCUCAGUGGAGAUCGCCCAGGUCUUGUAAAUGUGAAGCCCAUUGAGGACCUACAAGACAACAUGCUGCAAGCCCUGGAGCUGCAGUUGAAGAUGAACCACCCUGAUGCACCCCACCUCUUCGCCAAACUGCUGCAGAAAAUGACGGACCUGCGGCAGAUUGUGACUGAGCAUGUGCAGCUUCUGCAGCUGCUCAAGAAAACUGAACUGGAAAUGAACAUUCACCCACUGCUCCAGGAGAUCAUGAAGGACCUGUACUAGGCAAAUGCAUCAAGACCACCCACCAACCCACUAAUUCAGCUGCCUUGGCUUCUUUUUUUACACAUUGCACUGUCAUCAUGUGGGAAACUGUGAAAGCUGAACAACGUUUUUAUACACAAGCAGAACCUUCUUUUACUCUACACAUCCCACUUGAAUUAGAACUUGAACAAAACGUGAAAUGGCGCAAAUCACCAAAUAAUUUAUCUUUCCUGUGGUUUUUAUACAUAUUUUAUGUGCAAAUUAAAUGAGCUCACCUG